GCAAACAAAUUAAAAUUCAUAUUGAUAUAAUCAAUCACAUUUCAUUUCAAUUUAGUUACAUUCGGUCGUUCUGCGAUCUGAUUAAUCGCACUGUUACAUUCAAAAAUCCAUAUCGGAGAUUUAUUGAAUUUUACUUUAAUUUUCAGUUUACUUAAUAUUGUGUUUGAAAUCAUAUAUAGUUUGUGCGCGAAUUAUCGAUUUCUGUCUCGAUUCCUUAUAAUAAAAGUGUGCAAACCGGCAAGAAGUGUAAUUUCACGUAUAUAUCUUGAAUACAAGUUAUUUCAAUAAAAUAUAAUAAAUAUGUGGCAUAAAAUUAUAUACAUUUGUAUCAUUACUUUGGUGACGUACAUUUUGAAGCAACUGUUUUCAGAAACGCCAAAUUUUAUAAAAUUUAAAUCUAAAUUUUUCAUUUUCUACAUUUGGAGUUCUAUAAUUGCUAUUGUGUUGCUACCGUUCUUCGUGUUUAAUCCUAAAAAUGUGAAAAACUCAUUAUUUGCGUCGCAAAUAGUGAAACAUAUAACUAAAGUAUUAGAAAUCAAAUGGCACUUGCGGAAUGGUAAAGUACUUGCCGAGGACCGCGGAGCUGUUGUUGUGUCUAAUCACCAAUCUACUAUUGAUAUUUUAGGUAUGUUUAACAUAUGGCAUGUAGCAGAUAAAGUCGCAGCUAUAGCAAGGAAAGAGAUAUUUUAUGUCUGGCCAUUUGGACUAGCAGCAUAUCUUGGAGGAGUUGUCUUCAUUGACAGAAAUAACUCUAAGGAAGCAUACAAACAACUGAAAGUGACUUCAGAGGUUAUGAUAAAAAAUAAGACAAAAAUCUGGCUAUUCCCUGAAGGAACAAGGAAUAAAGACUUCACAAAAUUGUUGCCAUUCAAGAAAGGAGCAUUCAACAUUGCAGUUGCGGCACAAGUGCCUAUCAUACCUGUUGUCUACUCACCUUAUUAUUUCAUAAACAGAGACAAAAACAUGUUUAACAAAGGUCAUGUCGUUAUCCAAUGCCUGGAACCCGUGCCGACAGAAGGUUUGACCAUGGAUGACGUGCCAGAUUUAAUAAACCGUGUCCGUAACACAAUGGACGCCGUGUACAAAGAACUCUCAAAGGAAGUGUUAAGUGCGUUGCCACCAAACUACCCGCUUGCGACAGUAGACUAAAUCAAUCUACUGCGGCAUGUACAGAGUUUGCCAUCCUUUAUAGUUGGCAGCACUUAUUAACUAUUGUACUUUAUCUCAUUGGUGUAUCUUAAUUGUGGUAUUAUGUAAGCGUACACCGUGAUUCUAUUAAGACUUAUGUCUGAUUAAUUCAGACAACAUGCAUUCAUAUCUGUGAUUGUACCAAAAUUUUAUUACAGAAUGUUCUAUAUUUUAUUAGAAUUGUUCUGAAACAAUUGGAUCAGUAAUUGUUUUUUUUUUAAAUCAUAUUCAAAUUUUCACAUUGCCAUUAUUUAAUUAGUUUUUAUAGGUAGAAAUAAUUAAUUAUUAAGAUGAACAUAAUGUCAAACAAAAGUCGAUAUUCGUUAGGAAACAGUGACAAUUUGUUGUCGAGAAAGAAAACAACCAUGUUCACAGUACUUAGGUAAAUGCGUGUGCGCAAUAAUUUGUGCCGCAUAACAAUCUUUUCAUUACGACACAACUCGCCCAGUUUCUAGUUUGUAUACAACGGGUGCACUAUUGUUUAUAACUUGAAAUUGCGUUGUGCUUGCUUGGAGCUGAAUAACAAAUACUUGAUAACGCAUGCUGCGUUUAAAUGCAAUCGACUUUUUACGUUAGCGUGCGUGACAUUAAGUACUAUGACGGCAUAAUUAAUUGGGAAACAAGUGUAACAGGGAUGACUAAUACCUCAACUGUGACAAAGUAGUUAACGUAUUUUCUUUCUUGUCACAGAAUUACACCUUUUAUGGUUUAAGUAACAGACUAGAGAAAUAUAGUAGAAAGUUUUUUCUUGUCUAUUUAUACCUACAUUACAUGCCAAAAUUGUUGUAAGAU